GAACAUUCCAACGCUGUAACAGUCACCAUGGGAAAGCCUAUGGUCUAGUCUCAUUUAUAAGGUUUGAUCUUAGGCGAAAAAUUGAUGGCGAUGAUGCAGACAGUGUCGCACCCCAACGGAGUUUCCUUUUCACUGCUUAAAUUUUCACACACCACGGAUCCAAAGCAAAGCAAAAAAUGGAACUGGAAGCACGAAACUCGCGAUCUUCAGCUCAUAUUUGACACAUAUGGGGGAUUUCCCUCUCGUCAGCGGACAUAUCCUAUGCUGCGCGUUCUCCAAGCAGAUCAGGUCUUGGUAUGAGCCGUCAAAAAUUGCGCUCGUGACUUGCAAUCCUGUUGUGUGUCCCGCUCACUGACAGCAUAGCACGUAGGAACGUGUAGAUCUGUCAUUAAAAAUUCACCAAGCAGCUGACCUGGUCGCUGCGUCACGGAAAGCUGGGAAGCAGCUCAAGGAGCCGGACGAUGUUCCUACUGCGGCUAUCCACAAGCGUUCCAACUGCGCGAUUGCGAUCCGCUACUCAUACUCAGAGACUGAGACGCGUAGGCUACAGUUCAAAUUUGAGUCGGUUCAGGAUUUUGAUCGCGUUCUCUUAAUUCUCAAAGAUCUAGGUUGCUACAUGGUCAGCCCGGGUGUAAAUCCUUUGGGUGAGCGCACAGUGACGCCAAACAGGCCCAGUUCACAACGCUCGUCGUCAGCACAAACAUCAGUCCUCUUUGGCCAUGUAGAUACUGCGCGUUCGCAAGAUCACAAAUUCAGUUCAUCACACGCUACAUCCAGCGAUCUCUUUCGACCUUCAAGUGCGAUCUCUGACACAUUUUCCCUAUCUUCUCAAUUUCAACGGCCGUCAGUACACGCUUACACAACCCAGUUUCCAGAGCUACUUCAGCCUUCCACGCCAUUAUUUCCAAUCCAUGAAGACGACUCGUUCGACGCAGAUCCAGUGGUUGCAAACAUAGGGGGCUUCGAUACAAGGAACCAACGUGUCGACCCAUUAAGAAGACGCGCUACAGCUGUGGAAUCGGAACAAAGCAAGGAACUACGAGCCGAUUCACCCGUUCGUCUCGACACGGCACCGGCCAUUAGCGGACAUGGAUCAACUUGCUCGCCUUCGUCGCGGAUAGCACUCAUGGAACGCCCCUCGACAACUUCAAAGAUGACAAUAGUGCAGCUCGACAGCGACUUGAGCGCCAUGAUUCCGCCACGGCGCGAACUCCCGUUUAAACGUCCAGAGAGUCGACAAUCCGCGUUUUCGCGAGACAGAAGCGCGAGUCGGCCCUCGAGCUCGGCAGAUUUGUCCGCGCUUCCGAAACCUAAUUUCAUUGAACCGGCUCCGAUUGAAAGCGUGAUGCCCACGCGUAAACACGGAACAAGCGCGGAGAACGACUUGACGAGGAACUUAGCCGAGGGCGAGACGAAGAAACGUUACGCGGACACCAAAGAAGCAACAUCCCUUGAUGUGGAUGCAGCUGGUGCCGAAAGACCGAAUACGGCAACAUCGACGCAGAGCAAGAGAAUUCGCCUGGCAAAAGAGACAGGCAUCCGUCUGUCUACCUCUCUCUCGACCCCUUCAGCGAGCAACAACGUCUCAGAUGACGCGCCCAUGACCAGUGAAAAGGCAGCUGGCACGAACAACAUCACUGAUAACCUACGCAACGCCCUCGACCGCGUUGGUUCGGCAAUGACGCCAACAUCACCGCAGAUCGCGUGUCAGCAUCUUGAGAAGGAGAAUCUUGCCAGCUAUGCUGGCAUGCCGUACGAAGAGAGGAUGGCUGUGCUAGAGAAGUUGAUCGUGGAAGGGGUGGCUGACGAGAAUUUCAUCACGCUAUGCGAAGAUGUGUUUGGGUGCUGGCAAAGGAUUGGACUCGGGCGCUGAAGGGCCCGACCACAUGCGCUGAGAUAGGAAGAGUUUUGAAUCACGCUGUCGCUACAGUGAACUACACUCUUGUCUCGAGCCAAGUGGUCUUGGGGUAUUCUACAGAAUACGGAACAGCAAGACGGCGUGUAAGACUAUAUGGAGUUUUAGAAUUGAGCUGAUAGGUUGUUUCGCAACUACGCCGGCUCAUAGAUGGUCAUGAUAUGAUUCACUCAAGUGUAGCCGUCAACUAUGAUACUUGUCCUUGGGCAGAGGCUCCCUGC